AUGUCGCCCAAACUGGGGCACUGGUCGCCCGAACUCGGGCACUGGUCGGCUGAGCUGGGACGGUGGUUUGGCAAGAAGGCUUCGGAAACGGCUCCAGCUAAUCCCUCCGUAGGGAAAUUGCUGUCCGAGUCUCGUUCUCAAAGCUGGCCCCUCAAGAGCCUGGCACUGCCAACUUGGAAACGUAGUCAAGAGGAAGUGAAAGGAACCGAUGGCGCAGCCCCCUGGCUACCUUCUCUAUUGAAGGGGGGUCCGGGAAACUCGUCUGCCGAAGAAUCCACCAAGAAUUUCUGGCCCUUUUGGAAUAAAGCGGAACAAGACUCAGCACCUGUGGGCCCGACGGCUCGUUUUCAACUGGAGGACUUCCUGGGCUCGACUGCUAAUGUUGGCUUACCAGGUUCAGACACUGUCCAGGUCGCACCUUCUGUGGAACCGUCCAGCAAUUGGUCUCCGAGGCAAUGGGCGACACAGAGGUGGGCUCCCAGCGGGUGGUUCCACCUGCUACCUACUUGGUCGACCGAGGCCGGCCCAGAGGAUGACCCUGAAGUGGGUCUUGAUGGCCGAGCGGGUCUUGGUGAAAAAGUGGGUCCUGGUACAUCUAAUAGUCACGUCGCUGACAAUUUAGUCGGUGACAAUCUAGUCGGUGACAAUCUGGCCGUUGCCAGUCAGGAGGCUGAUGGCCUGAGUAUGGCGGAUAGUGUAGAGGGUGUGAACUGGUUGCCUGACUACGACACGGUGUUGUCGAAGUUACGUUGCGACCCAGUGCAAUCGUUUGCAUCGUGUGCGCAGCACUGCUUCAGCCUGUUGUCGGAGUUUGGGCAUACGCGUGCGGAAGACUUGACAUUAGAGCUUGUGCCGCGUGUGAAGGGUCGUUCAUUUGCUCCCUUUUGGCCACAGGCGGCGGUCUCACGUUCGGCGGCAACAGCGGGGUCUAAUGAGGUUUACGGGAUGACGCAGACAGACCAGCGAAAUUUCCGUGUCUGUAUUUUAGAUGUGUGUGCACACGAUUACGUUGUGGGUACGGCAUUGCCGGGCUGUCUUGGUGCGGAUGGCCGCGUCAUUGAAGUGCCCAGCAAAGUCGACGGCCCUGGCAAGGUCGAUGGACCGACGUCCUAUGAUGACUUGGAUUUUUACGAGCCACGCAAGAUGCAGCUCUACAACACCUUUGGUGUCUUCACGCUAGGUCGCUGGAUCCAAAAUCUACUGCCCGAAUGUGACCUCAAUAGCGGCUACCGCGGCUGCGAACUUCACUCCCCCGGCCACCUCGUCUGGAUCCUGCUCGCCGUCGUUAUCCCCGCCGCUGGACUGGGACUAUUCUUCGCCUACCGACAUUACGCCGCUCUACUAGGCACGUUCCCCUGUCUACGCAAGUCCUCGCGUCAUAGAACGCCCAUCGAAACCGAAAAAAACAAUCAUUGGACCAACGUCUGGGCAGGGAUGCAGUGGCUCUCCCUAAGACUCCUCUUUGUCAUGCACAGAAUCGAAAUGCUUUACAGGCGACCGACGGGCAAUAUCGUGUUAGUCGACCAAGAAGGAGAACUGGAGCUCAUGGGUCAACAACACCCAUUCACGCAGAUAGAUAGAUAG